UAUUCUUGCAAGAAGGUCAGACAGCAGCUAGCUCCACCAUGUGUGACAGAAAAUAAGCAACUUGCUUCUCUAUUUUUAUACCUUUUUGGCUUACUAUUCUCAAUAACUGUGUUAACAGAAUCCCAUGAUACCUAGUGUUCCCCAAAACAAGCAGAGGCAAGCAAAAUCAAGCAGGUCAUUGUAAUUGUAUUAAUAAUAAUAAUAAUAAUAAUAUUAUAUUAAAAUGAUAGUUUCUUCCUUACAUCUGCUAUAAUAUGUCGUUAGUCUUGAGAGAGUGUACAUUAGUUAAUAAAUACGCAGAUCCGCUUUUGUUAAUAGAUUGUCCUGAUGGACCAGUGGCAGCAUUUUCAUUUAGCGUGAAAGAGGUUCAGGGUUUUAAUCCAUUCAUGUAUGAUUUUUUUUCCCUCAUUAAAACCAAAGAUGUUCAUCAGUGAUUGUAUAUCAAGAGCAGGGACAUGUUUAUGUGUAUUCUGUUUUGUGAUUUCAACGUAACGAAUAGACAGUAUCUGCAACAGUUAAUUGAUAGACUGAAGGGCUUGUCUGUGUGAAUCCGCAGUGUGCACGAGCGCCAAGAGGACACUGCUCUGAUAACAGCGACAACGAGCACUCAACAUGAUUUCAACAACAACACAUCCCAGCACCAGAUCGCCUAUUAUUAACACAAAUUGAUAAUCAACUGGAGGUGUUUCUUUUGUAUUACAUAUCCGUGCCACGGUGGGGACAAUAUCGACCCUUUCAAAAAGUCCCACCCGCAAAUUACGCCUAUGCCUGGGUAGCAACUGAAACAAGCUUUGUGCAACAGGCCACAAAAGUAUCAAUUAGUAUAAAAACAAACUGAUAUAUUUUUUGUUUUUGGCAGAUCAGCCCCUCCCACACUGCAAUUCAUAAUUUAUUUAUUGGUGAAUUCAUACAAUUCACCAAUAAAUACUGGAAUAUUCCCAUUAGACCAGCAUCAAAGCAUCAGGAAGAGCUGAAAUCUGCAAAGACUGAGAGGACAGUGAGAACAUGAGUGAUCCAGAACCCUGCAGAAUGAAACACACUGAAGAUACUGAAGAACGAAGAGACCUGAUGGAAGAGAAUGAACAGAGUGAAGAACUGAGUGUAGCAGAGGAGACUAAAGAAGCAAAAAAGACUUUGAUAAAGAAAAGAGCCAAUAAAUCCUUCACAUGUACUCAGUGUGGAAAGAGUUUCACAUACAAAUGCAAGCUUGAGAGUCACAUGAGGAUCCACACUGGAGAGAGGCCAUUUACAUGUGAUCAAUGUGGAAAGAGUUUUGUGGAAUCUGCAACCCUUAAAAGUCACAUGAAAAUCCACACGGGAGAGAAGCCGUUCACAUGUGAACAGUGUGGUAAAAUGUUUCUUGGGUCAUCAAACCUGAAGUCACACCUGAAAGUUCAUUCAAAGGAAAAGCCACAUUCAUGUUCUGUGUGUGGAAAGAGAUUUUCAUUGCUGAGAAAUUUACAUAGACAUCAGAAAAUACACACUGGUGUGAGAGAGUACAUGUGCUUUGAGUGUGAGAAGACUUUUACUACAGCAAACUGUUUAAAACUGCACCAGAGAAUUCACACUGGAGAAAAACCUUACAAGUGUUCACACUGUGACUGGAGAUUCAAUCGGUCAGCAAAUCUAAAAAGACAUGAGGGGAUCCACAGCAGAGAGAAGCCGCACACGUGUGAUCAGUGUGGAAAGAGUUUCACUAUUAAAAGUUACCUGAAUCUACACAUGAGGACUCACACUGGUGAAAAACCUUACAAGUGUUCAUACUGUGACAAGAGAUUUAGUCAUUCAGCAAAUCUGAAAACACAUGAGAGAAUCCAUCGCAGAGAGAAGCCGCACACAUGUGAUCAGUGUGGAAAGAGUUUCUCAACUAAAAGUCACCUGGAGCGACACAUGAGGAUCUACACUGCCAAAAAACCUUACCAGUGUUCAUGCUGUGACAAGAGAUUCAAUCAUUCAGCAAAUCUGAAAGCACAUGAGAGGAUCCACACUGGAGAAAAGCCAUUCACAUGUGAUCAGUGUGGAAAAACAUUUAUUGGGUCAUCAGAUCUGAAGAGACACCUGACAGUUCAUACAAAGGAGAAGCCACAUUCAUGUUCUGUGUGUGGAAAGAGUUUCUCACGGCAGCAAAAUUUACAAGCACAUGAGAAAUUACAUACUGGUGUGAGAGAGUACAUGUGCUUUGAGUGUGAGAUGACUUUUAUUUCAGCAAGCUGUUUAAAACGGCACCAGAUUAUUCACACUGGAGAAAAACCUUACAAGUGUUCACACUGUGACAAGAGAUUCAGUCUGUCAUCAAAUCUGAAAGCACAUCAGAGGAUUCACACUGGAGAGAAGCCGCACAUGUGUGAUCAGUGUGGAAAGAGUUUCAGUUUUAAAAGUAACCUGAAGAAACACAUGAAGAUCCAUGCAGUGGAGAAACCACAUCACCACAGUCGGAGAUCACGAACUACCAGAAAGCAUCUGGAAGGAGAGGACGGAGAGAAUGCCAGUGAUCCUGCAGAAUGAAACUUCAUCAUACUGAAGAACAAAGAGACCUGAUGGACGUGAACAAGAAAGGAAAAACAGAAGCCAAAACAUCUGGCCCCUGCCCUCAGUGUAACAAAGCUUCACAUGUAAAUCAUGGCUGAAGAUUCACAUGAGAUUCACACUGGGAAGAAGCGGAUCUGUGAAAUCACAUCUGCCUUCUCAUUAUGAAGAAACACCAUUUAACUGUGAUCAGUGCGGUGAAUAGUUUCAUUGAGCAUCAGUCCUGAAGAAACACCUGAAGAUUCACACAAAAGAAGAUUCAUUUGUAAUAUUACAUCAGAAAAGGCACGCGUUGUGUGUUUCAGUGCAGAAAGUCCUUUACUACAGAUGAAAAACUGAAAGAGCACCAGAAAAUUCACAUUGGAAAAAAAACCUUUAAGGCAAAGUUCAGGAGCUGAAGAAGAGGCCAUGAUACCUUUUAAUAGAGACAUGAGUCUGAUAUUAUUUUUUAACUCGUUUUUCAUUGUUUUUGAUUAGAACAUCUAGUUUCUCUUCCACUUUGAAUGCACAUUCAAUUUAAUUCAGUUCUUAUUUGUAUAGCGAUUUUCACAAUACAUUAUCGUUUCAACUGUUCUUGAUGGGCAGUAAUUGAGGCUGGAUCAUAAAACCUUGUCAAAGGUUGUACAUUUACAAUUGUAUUUCUGAUGGUUUCGAAUUUCUCAGUGAAGAAAUUUAUAAUAUCAUUAUUACUAAGCUGUAAUGUAAUAUUUUGUUCUGGUGAUGUCUGUUUAUUCUCUUGUUAAACUUGCCACUGUACUAAACAAGAACCGUGGAUUGUUUUGGUUAUUUUCUAUGAGUUUGCGGAGAUGCUCAGCCCUGGCUGCUUUUAGAGUCUUUCUAUAACGGGACGAGCUGUCUUUUCUCGCGAUUCUGAAGACCUCUAAACAAUUUUGUCUCCAUUUGCAUUAUAGAUUACGAGUUUCUCUUGAUAGUGUGGUAGAUUUUCUCCCUCCUUAUGUUCACCUAUUUACCUGGAGUGUCUCCCUGAUCUUCCGGGGCGUCUCCUAAUCGACACCCAGUAAUAUUCCUGAUCUUUCGGGGCAUAUGUCAUAUUUCAGUCAACGUCUUGACUCUAGUCCUCCAUAACUUGCUGCGCAGACAUAACCAGAUAGACUCCAGACUAUGCCUUAGAAUAUGCUUUAUUCACGGCCGGAGGACCUCGUAUCAAUCAAAGAGAAUCCCACCAGCAAGAAUAAUACAACAGUUUAUAUAGCACUGGGCCUUGAAUAAUUAAUGAGGUUGAUUUUUCACUGUUUUCCAGCUGUUUUUACACUGUUUUAUCGUUGUUUUUGUGGUUAUGUUUAGUAACUUGUCAUUUUGUGAUAUUUGGAGUUCAUUUUCUAGCCCAAAAUGCUACAUUCACACUCAAAACGAUCCAUCGAAUGUUACCGUCAUUGUGUAUUGUGUACCAAGUACUGAGGUCUCUGUGUUCAAGUGCCACAUUACUUCUAAUAUGAAUUACUUAUCUAUUGUAUUAUUUACGUAGAUGUUUCUAAGUAAAACAUACACUUUAAAAGCAAGGUUUAAUUCAGUGUUAUAUUAUUUGAGUAAAAUGUAUUGCAAAAGAAACUUCAAUAAAGUAGAAAUUACUCAACCUUU